AUCAGUAAUGAAAGUAUAAAAAAUUCAAAACAUAAAACAUUGAUAGGACUGAAUAUUCUGUGAUCUAAAAUUAAAAUGUCGGAUUGGGCGACUGGCCUGCAUUUGGAUUGGUGAUUGCAGUGAUUGGCCAUUGGCUAUUUUCGAUUUAAAGGCGCUUAUUUUGCUUUCGGAACAUUUAAUUGGUUUAUUUGUAAGACUUGAAUAUAUUCAAACUUUGCUUUGUGAUUUAUUUCGUGAUGUCGGCGAAUGUAUAUUUUGUUAACGCCUCAGAUGUGAAUGAUGAAAAAGCCGACGUUAUCUCCCAAUGUGAUGAUCAUAGUCAAACACAAAGUGAGGCUCAAAACGCCUUAAGUACAUUCUGGACUAAAGUGAUGGAAGAAAUUAAAUCCAUAAGAACUAUGGAUCUCAAACAACAAGUACUUCCUUUAGCUCGAAUAAAAAAAAUUAUGAAAUUAGAUGAGGAUGUUAAAAUGAUAUCUGCUGAAGCUCCACUCCUCUUCGCCAAAGCUGCUGAAAUAUUCAUUCAUGAACUCACGUUGAGGGCAUGGAUCCAUACUGAAGAUAAUAAGAGGAGAACACUUCAGAGAAAUGAUAUUGCAAUGGCUAUCACAAAAUAUGAUCAGUUCGACUUCCUCAUCGAUAUUGUACCUAGGGAUGAUAUAAAAACCAAUAAAGUUCGAGAUGAUGGCUCAAGAAGUGGCAGUGCAGAUCAAGUUCAAUAUUACCUUCAGUUAGCACAGCAGCAUAAUGCAAAUUUGCAAAAUUUAUCAAACAACUCUACUGCAGCUACCACUGCUACAGCAGCUACGGUAACCCAACCGAACACAAUACAAAUUGUUCAACCUCAACAGGUCCAGACAGUACAAGUGGGUACAGUGGAUCAGAAUGGGUCCCCAACUUCUUCGGGAACACAACAAGCAUCUGUAUUCAUUCAACAGACGUCGCCAGUUAGUCAGAAUCAAACUGGAAAUAUUCAAAUUUUUCAACAAAUCGUCACUCCAAAUGGUGAAAUCCAACAGAUUCCAUUGAACCUCACACCUCAACAAUUGCAGAUGGUUAAAAUGCACGUUCAGGGAAAUCCCUCACAGCCUGUUAUCAUUCAGGCUGCUCCACUUGCUACAGCUCAACCACAGUUGCUUCAGGUAGCACCUCAAACCGCUGGCCCCCAACAGGUGUUUUUAGCACAGAGUAAUGGCAAUGGAGAAACGGAAUGAAUUUAGAGUAUAGGCUAAGGAUAUUAUUUAUUUUAGUACUUUCACUUUUUAAGAAGAAUAUCUGUCACAAUCUAAAUGUAAUAUAAAUCAAGUGUAAAUUGCUCUUUGUGAUCUCAUACUGACGAGUUGUAAUUGAAUAAUCCACAUGGGAAUGGCUUCUUAUACUUAAGAUAGUCGACUUUUUGAUAAAUACAUAUUUGUUUUUCCCAUUCUUA